AGGUUUCCAUCUUUUAGUCUAUCUUUACAAAAUAAGAUGUCCAUCUUCCAGUUUAUCUUUAGAAAAUAAGGUCUUCAUCUUUACAUUUCCAGUUGUAACAGUAUUAUGACAAUAUUUGGAUUUCUUUACUAGACUGGUAGAUGUGGCUUAGUGUUUCUUGACUCCUCUGGAAACACUGGGAGGUGUGAUUUAGUGUUUCUUGAUUGAUUCCACUGGAAACACUAGAGGGUGUGGCUUAGUGUUUCCUCAUUUUUCUGGUAUACCGGUGUAGGUCAGACAGGCUUGUUGUGCUCUAGGUUGCUCUACUUACUAAAAAUGCAGUCUACUUCAUUCCUCUCACAGGCCUGUCACCAAUACAGUGAGGGUUGGCUGGUUUGUGUUCAGGUCUCGUCUUUGGCAUUGACAUUUCUUUUUUCAGCAUGUGUUGACAGUUGUGAUAUAGCCCUUAGCUGCUGGCUCGGCAUAAAAUGCCAUUUUCCCCUCUUCCCACUCAUUCCUCUCUCCUUUUUGAACAUGAAAUGGUGGGCAUGACAGUAUAAUAUGCAUAAGAUACUGAAACGAUAGCUAAGGUGGAUAAAGCAGCUCAGUUACUGUUCAUCGGUCAUUUUGAUUUAUUAGAAAACUGUGAGUACUGUAUUAUUUCACUGAAGUGUGCUAGCACAGGAAUUCCUCUGGAGCCCUAGUCUGUGAUGUUGGGCAUAGUUUCCUCGAUUCUAUUUUGAAGGGAAAGGUGAAAAAGCUGAUAAGGAUCAGAUCACCACAGGCUUACCCCAUCAUCUUGCUGUCUUUGGGAUCAGAAUUUCAACAGAUGUUUCCUUUCCUUUCUUCCACUAAUUUCACUGCCUUCUUGUUUGAGGUUUAUUUUCUUUUACUUUCCUGAUGUUGAUGGUGCAGAGUGAACAGUGACAUGAAAGUCCUUGGUGUGAACAAUGAUAUAAUGAUCCAUGCUGUGAACAAUGACAUUGGUCUGAAGUGACAUGAUCAGCCUAUGUGAGAACAGUAAUGUAUUGGUCCCAUGAGUAAAUAGCGGCAUAAAUAUCUCUCUGUAUAAACAGUAAGUGAAUUAUAAGGUAAUGACUUGUGUGAACUGUAUCAUGCUGAUCCUAAUGUGAACAGUGGUAGUCUUUAUGAAUAGCUAUGUGAUGGCCAGUAUGUGAACAGUAAUAUGGUGGCACAGAUAGUCAUAUGGGUCUCUAAAAGCUUGAAUGUUUAGUCAUUACAUUUACUGUUCAUUUAUGACAUGUUAACUGUUUGAUCAUGCAUGCAUUGACACAUUCAUUAUGUAUGUAUUGGUAUGCUAUUGGCAUACUUGUAUGUAUUGAUUGGUAUAUUCAGUUUAAUCUUAUGUGCAUUGGCAUGUAGGUAAGUUGUUCAUUAGCUGUCAUAUGUUGGCAUUUCGGUCAGGCACAUGUGGACAGUUAAUUAUGAUUUGUGGACAUUGAUAUUUGAGUGUAUAGAUUUCAGCUAAGUCAGCAAUGGCUGGUAUUUUGAUUUAUCAUUGGUGCUUUUCUCUAGCUUUAUGACCAUGUUGUCAUGGAAACCUGAGAUGACCUUCAAAGCUGAAAUUGUGCUGGCAUUAAGAAAGAGUAUAAGGUACAUGAAGAUAGGUUGUGAAUGUUAGGAUGCAUGUGUCACCUUGUCCUGCCCAACAAGCUUUCGAUUGGUAAUGUGCUGUUAAUAGCUUGCUCCCUCCAGGCCUUGUGCCUGAGGAAUAGGCCAGUAUCUAGGUGGAGUGAUGCUAGUGUGGUCAUAGGGAGUGGCCUCCUUUACAUGUGCACAGGGGCAUGCACACACACACAGUCUCACACACACACAUAUCGCCAUCUGUCCUACAUGUUUACUCUGUAUUUACCACACUUGUGCUGUCUCCAUUCUGCAGUUGGUAAAAACCUCUUUGCUUAAGAUUUUUUGUGUGGGCAAUGGCACAUAUCUGGCAGUCAUCACUCCUUUCCAUGUAAAGUGGUGUGGGAAGGUGGUAAACCUGACACGAAACUAGCUUGCAGUGGCUUUAUUGUUUGUGCAGGACUGAGUAUCUGUGACAGUCAGUAUGUGAUGGGUGUUCUUUACCUAACCACCCCUCUCUCAGAAGUAAUGAGUGACUUGCCUAUGAUUUUGGUCAGAGAGUUGGGGGGAGAUGUGGGAGCUAAGGGUGUUUAGUUCAUAAAGAACACUAAGACUUGUGUGACUUGUGCCAUCGCUCGUCAGGAAGCAUGAAGGCUUGUGGGCUGUCAUUUAUAACCAUUGCCAUGACAUGGACCAUCAGUGAACACCCUCCCUGGCCCACAGCAGGGCAUGCUGUGGUAGUGUUCUGCAUGGUGCUGAGACAUUGAUUGAAAUGGUGUGUGUGAUGUGUGAUGUUCUGUGUGGCACUAAGACAUGUUGUGGGUGCAGUGUUUGUAGUGCAUGUGGGGGGAGAGGGGGCACAGUGUCAUCAAGUGGGAGUUGUGGCAGGUGCUGUUGUGUUUGCUAGUUGUGUGCUACUGUUUAUCACAUGUUUAUCACAUGGAACUGAAAUGUCUUUUUAUCACGUGGUACUGAAAUCUGUUUAUAAGGCAUGUUUAUCACAUGGUACUGAGAUGUAUCAAAAUGUGUUGCCAAGUCAGUCAUGCCAAUUCAAAAUAUUAUCACAAAUUUUAAAUGCCUUCCUAACAAUAACUGCAGGUGUGUAUGGAUACAAUGAUAACCAUUACCAGGUAAUAAAUUCUAUCACUCUUCCCACACUUUAGUACUGCCAGACAAACCCAGUAAGCACAUCUCAACAUUUGUGACCCAGUUAUCUUUUGCUCCUGACCUUAUUAGAAUUAAGUAAGCUUUUUUGGGCGUUAGUCUUCGGUUAGCCAUCUGUAAGUAACACCCUCAACCGCUAGCAUAUGCAGUUCACAUUUGAAUGUAUUAUGAUUGGGUGUUUGUUUAGCUCAUAUACAAGGCCAUUUGGCAUACUAAUAUCAAUGGCAAGGAACUUCUUUAUGGCAUAGAGGUGUACUCUUUCAGACUGCUGUAUGGCUUUUUCUGCUUCCUAUAUUUCUGAUCCAUACUGUACAAUUGUCUAUAUCUUAGCAUUAAACAAUGACAGUGACCAACUUUUUUUGUCCCAGUGGGCAAUUUAAAUAUGGGAAGGUGCUCUAGUUACAGUAAGUUAAAAGUAGCAGUAGAACACGUUUCUGGCAAUGUUUAGCGUUAAGAUGUACAUUAGCACGUGAAAGGUUGAUAAAACACUAUUACAAAACAAUUGUAAGCAUGUAGCCUUUGCAUUAUGCAUAACAAGUUUUCCCUUACAUUUACAUUCCUGCAUGCUGUUAUAAGGCUGAGUUUAGUGGUGCAAUAGAAUCCCAAGUGUUUUUAUGUAUUCACAGUAUAUAAACUCACGCCACUGUACAUAUCUCCCUCAGUUAUAUAUCCACCUUCCUAAAAACAACAUUUUACCCAUCUUUACAUUUUAACAUAAUGUAGAGGCUGCUCUCACGGGGCUGUAGUAAUGAGGAAAGAGUAAGUCCUUUGCCCCUGGGCAGUAUGGGAACCUCAAGGAAAAGCGUCUCGUUUCCGUAGUAACUGUGCUGGAAUGCUCGGACCCCGCGGACACCACUUUAUGUUUCUUUACUCAGGCCACUUUGCCACCGCUUUAUAACUACGGCAUAACAACAUCUGCGGAGUCUGGACCCCGCUUAAAACUUCAGAAACAAGACGCUUGUCCUGGAGUUCCCUUUGUUGCCCCAGGGCAGAGACUUAUCCUCGUUUCAUAGGUACUCCCCCCAUUGUAUUGUUUACCUGCGUCUACAAACCAGUGACUGUAUCAGAGAUUAGUGCCACAUCGUGUACUAUGCGGUGUUUGUGACCCUAGGGUAGCGUCUGCUAAUAACGGAGGAGAGAGAGAGGAGGGUGAGGGCGCGGUGUUGGGACCCUAAGAAGCGUCUACACAGGGUUGAGCACGAACCAAUAUCCUAUAUACAUCCGUGGGAUGAGGAUGUCGCCGACAGACAACGGUGCUGACUGUCCUUGAACCUGUUUUCGGGUCGCCCGUUCACUGCAGAGACCAUAGGGUGCGGACAGUGGCCACUAGCCUCCCUCUCCCGCCCUUUGGUGUGAGGAUGUCUUUCUCACCGCGCCUUGUGCCGACAAAUGAAUGGUUAACAGCUCGCCGGGCUCGAGAAACGUGGCCCCAACAAUGCUUUCAUUCUUCGCCGGCACGGUGGAAUUUUCAGAAAAAUAUUUCGGGAAGUUACGGCCGUCGUCACCCACAUCGCACAUUGAGCGUUCGUUGAGAGAAUGAUGAGAAAUUGGGUGGUAAUAUACAUCUGAAUAUAGCAGGCGGCAUUUCCCUGGGAAGUGACCAGAGCAGUGGGAGAGAAGGCGAUUAGAGGUUGGGGUUAGGACGACUAGCCGACACUGGCUUCCUGUGGGGCAGCAGCGUGGGACGUUCAUCUUUUGCGUCAGUGGCACUCGGGGAAGAUAAGACACGAUCCUGAGCAGUCAAGAAGAGAAGCAGUCUCAGACAAGAUCGCUAGACUCAACUUGACCAUGAUCUGGUACAAGGGCUAGAACCUACUUCACAGAGGGUGGCUUCCACAAGUGCCUGACCUUGCAUCAGGUCACAGGUGCUCCAUCUGCCAGUGUUGUCUAUACAAAUGGUACUUUGAGAAAGAUGGCAAGCUUUAUUGUCGCCAUGACUACUGGACCAAAUUUGGCACCACCUGUAAUAGAUGCUGCCAUUUGAUCACUGGACCAGUGAUGGUUGCAGGAGAACACAGAUUCCACCCAGAGUGCUUUCAGUGUCAGAAAUGUCUGACUUACAUUGGAGAUGGUGACACUUAUGCACUGGUGGAGAGAUCACGCCUUUUCUGUGGCAAGUGCUACAAAGAAGUGACUCGCCCACUUCUCACAGCCACACCAAACAGGCGGAAAACCCACUGCAUUCAACUGGUAGAGAUUCCACCUACUCCUGAUGGAAACCAGCGUGUCUGUGUUACAACUCAGAAAACACCUCCACCGGUUUCUGGACUGCGCCAAAGUUUUACUUGGAAUGAUAAAGAUGGAAAACCCUUCAUUGCCAUUUCAGAAGUAGAACGAAGUCCAGAACUGGAUUCUCUUGAAAUCGGAGAUAGGAUUCUGGAAGUAAAUGGGUCUACAGUACAAGACAAAAGUGUUCAAGAGGUUUAUGCUUUGCUUAACUGCAAAGACCCGGUGCAUAUCACAGUGGAGCGAGACGUGUCGCCAUUAAGGGUAAACAUUGAAGCAAAUAUAAACAUCAAUUCAUCUUGUGACUUUUCCCCAGUACCGUCCACUUCAGUAUCUUCAUGUGACAGUCCUGUGUCUGUUUCCUCCCCUACCACCCCACCCUCCACCAGUGAGAAAGAACAGUCCAUCAUCAUCAAUGACACACCUGUCAAGCUUCGUCCCAAAAGCUCAUUAAAUGCGCGGGGGCACAGCCCCUCACGGCGCCGCAGCAAAUCUCCAUCCCCAGUCCCACCAUCACGGCAAAAGAGCUUUGAUCUUGGGCGGUCAGCCUCCUUCCACACUCCUUCACUGGACCAUCGUGUCUUCCGAGCUUCAGAUCUUAUACCUGGCGAGGUUCUUGGUCAGGGCUUUUUUGGUCAAGCAAUCAAAGUGACUCACAGAGAGAAGGGUGAAGUUAUGGUGAUCAAGGAACUGUUUAAGUUUGAUGAGGAGGCCCAGAAAAAAUUUCUGCAUGAGGUGUCAGUGCUGCGCAAACUAGACCACCCAUGUGUGCUGAAGUUUCUAGGAGUGUUGUACCGUGACAAGAAACUCAACAUGGUGACAGAGUAUGUUGAAGGUGGAACGCUAUCAGAAACACUGCUGAAUCAUUCCAUUGAGCUGUCAUGGGUGAUGCGGUCCAAGUUUGCCAAGGAUAUUGCUAGUGGCAUGAGUUAUCUCCACUCUAUGAAUAUUGUUCAUCGGGAUCUUAAUUCUCGCAACUGCUUCUUACGAAAGGACCAGACAGUUGUUGUGGCAGACUUUGGAUUGGCCAAGAUCUUGCCUCGCCACCAGGAGAUUCUGCGUAUGGAAGACAGAAAAGAAAAAAAUAGUCGUUCUGGGAAAAAGCGAUCCCAGCGUAAAAAGCGUCACACUGUUGUUGGGAAUCCAUACUGGAUGGCACCAGAAAUGCUGAAUGGUGCUGUCUAUGAUGAAAAAGUUGAUGUUUUUUCAUAUGGCAUCAUUAUUUGUGAGAUGAUAGCUCGCAUAUCUGCUGACCCAGACUACCUGCCACGCUGCUUGGACUUUGGUGUGAACUUUGACCUUUUCCACAAGAAGUUCUGUCAGGGGUGUCCUGAGCCCUUCCUUAUGUUGGCUGUGCAGUGCUCACAGCUGGAAGCUGACAAACGUCCCACCUUUGAAAAACUGACGCCCCUGUGUGAGGCCCUGAAUCUGCAUCUGGAGCACGGGUACUCCCAGCCGCAGGAGCUACAGGGCAGUGCCCUUGACUUCUAUCACUGUGCCAAAAACCAGCUGUAUGAAGAUGCUGCCUCCUCCCCGUCCACAUGUGACUCAGUCGCUGGCAAAUGUCCAGCAAGUUCCAGUUCAACACAAGAGCAGCAGCAAGAAAGCAAUUAGAAAACAGUGGCCUCCUUUGGGGAACAUGAGUAUCAAAAGUGUGUUCAAUUACAAAAUGAUGUCAUUUUAUACUCUUUUUUUACUAAAUAGAUACACUGGUCUUCUUUAAUAGGGAUACAGAUGGGAGCAUGUGGAUCACCAAGUGAACUGCUGUCAAAAUAGUGUUACAUCAAUGGUUAGUAGGUAUUGUUUGAUAGCAGAAGGUGUCAUACAGGAGCAAAGGCUUUGAAUAUGAUGGUGCUGUGAAGAAAAGGAUUUAGCAGGUGUUGUGCUUUUGGCAUUGAAGGCUAACAAAAUGAAGCACUGUCUCACUUGUCCCAACAACAAAGAGUGGUGGGGUCCACUCACCUGUUAGAUGUUGCCAUUGUAUCUGUCAUAUGAGGCAUCUUGUCUGUGAGAUGGAAAGCCAUUGUCUCUACUUUUUUUCCCUUUCUUGCUUUUGUUUGUCACUCACUGGUCACCUGGUGGGCUAAGGGGAAGCUAUCUGUGACUGGCAAUCAUGUGGCAGGUAUUAAGACAACAGUAGUGCCAGCUAGUGGGGCUGGCUUGUUUUCCUUUUUACUCAUUCCUGCUGAAGUAGGAUAUCAUUCUUUUCUGUCAGACUUCUUAUAUCAUGGAGUACGAAUGCAAGGUCAACGUGUGUGGCAGCAUUUUUAUUUUCCAAUCUUGUACCAUUAAUACAUUGUACUAUUAGUAUGUGUGGCACUGGUCUGUGUAUUAAGAUUACACUGUACUGGCACUAGUCUAUCAUAAAUACAUUGAGACUGAUUGAAAAAAAUACAAAUGAUUAUUCUGUGCUCCACAUGAUGCAAUGCUUGCCUGCAGACAAUAAUCCUAUUGUCAUAAAAACAACUAACACAAUCAAAGUGCACCUCACAAUGAAAACGUGUCAGUGGAUGCUCACAUGAACUUCCGACAUGCUCUUCUUUCCCACUUUCAUCAGAUUGUAGGAUCUUCAUCUAGCAUGAAUUAGGCCAGAGCGAACGUUAAAUCGUAUAAGCAGCCAUUUGUAAAGUGCAAACUUAUCAUCUAACAACUAUCCUUCAUUCAUAUGCUAUGAUCAUAUCUAUUCCACAUUACACAAAUACUGGUGUAAUCAAGUGCUGCUAAGCUAUCUUCUAAACCAUCCCUGGUCUUAUUAGCUUGCAGCCCACAUUGCAGUGAUUGAAAACACAAGUUGCUUGUCACUGUUAGCAGCCAACAUGUGUGGCACCCUGUCAGUUUGUAUGUUGUUUAAUGUAUUAGGUCAUUUUAAACUAUAGGGCAGUCCAGUGGUGCAUCAGUUAGCACUUUUCACCAAUAGAGUAAAGGUUGGCUGUCUUGGGUUCAGCUCUCGUCUCGGGCACACUGUUUUUUCUCUUCAUGUGGCAUCUGUUUACAGGGCUGGCUGCUUUGCCAUGAUAUAGCCAUAGUCGCUGGGUUGGCGUAAAACACCAAUUACCCUGCCCCCAUCUCAUUAAAAAAAAAUUUAAAUAUUGUUUUCUGUUUUCCUGUCUAAGACAUGUCAUUCUCAUAAACCUUUUGCAGAUGAAGUUUGAAGUGUGAUAGUGUGACAAGAUUACUUCUCUGGAUUUUAAACGAGAGUCUAGGAGAGUGAGCUUAAUCUCUUCAUUCCAGAAUUUUUGUUUGGAGAAGUGUGAUGGUAUAUGUAACCAUUUAAAACUGGUAUAAUUUUUUUGUUUGUUUGUGAUGUAUUUCAGGGUCCAACAUUCUGGCACAAGUAUGUGGUUUGCACUUUUUAUUUACCACACAUGCAGCUAAGGACCAAAUCUAAAUAUUUAUGACCUGAAUCUUUGUUAUGAGAUGCAACAUUUAUUUUUACUUUUGUACGUGAUCAUAUACUUGUUAACUGACUUACUUGAGUCACCUUUGUUUGACAAAAAUUUGACUUGGUAAUUGGUGCAGAUGAUAAUACUGAUUAGUCUUUGUACUAUACUAUGACAAGCAUUUUCCGGACAUGACAAAAUCUGUACCAGCACAGUAAAUGCUUUUGAACCCACAAGAUAGUUGUUAGUGCACUAUUAUAUAUUCAUAAAAGAGGAGACUACUUGGCCAUAAGUCUACUUAAAAAAAUUUAUGUUUUUAUGUUUCUCAAGAACCUUUGCAGAUGACACAGUGUACAUUGUAACACCUCAUUCAUGUUCGUGUACUUAUGCAGGAAUCUGAAUGGGAAGUUUUGUUCAUGCAAUAGAUAAUGAGGCUAGAAAUUAUUGCUUUCAAAAGUAUGUCUUCUGUUUUUCAUUUUUCUGCUGUGUAUAUCGGUGGAUUGUAAGAUCUCAUCUUAAAAUGUUUUUGUCAGCUUCAUGUGAUAGCCUGUACAGGUAAAUGAGAGAAACAUACUUGUGAUGGACAGUAGGUCUGUUGAUUGCAGUCUGAUGGAAUGCUAGUUGUUACAUGGCUAUCUUUGUGUAGGCUUUGUGUGUGUUGAUUGCAAUCUGGUGGAAUGUUAGCUGAUAUCAUGUAUAUCUUUUUUCUGGAUCGUGUGUGCAUCCUCAUGUGCAUGUAUGCUUGUCUGCAGUAUGUGAGAAAGUAAUACUUAUGCAAUGUCUCAUUUCUGAGAAUGUUAAUGUUCACAUUGGAAUAAAAGAUGUUAUAUAUGUAUGGCACAAAACAAGAAACAAGUCAAGCACUGCAAAGAACUACAUAUCACAAACGUAAAUUUUUUUUCAUCUGUUGUAAAGAAUAAUGCCUUAUUUACACAUUUUUCUACUUAUUUACACAUUUUGUACUUUUCUGCCUUGCUACAUUUCUGCAAACUGGCCUUACUUACUGGAUGAGCAUGGGGAGUAGUCAACUCUUCUGCCUUUAUAAGCAAGCUUCAGCUGAUGAAUGCUGGCCAGGUGUUGCUAGCAAGAGGUUCUGAUUACUAUCUGCUGUGAAUGUCUGCCUUUCUUAGUGACCUUGAUGCUUCUUUUCAGACACCCUUGGUAUGCAAGAUAGCUAGGACAGUACAGGUGUCAUCUUCAGAAUGUUCACACAAGUUUCAUUUGUGCUUCCAUGAGCGUCUUUAUGUUCAUCAGCGCAAGAUAGUUUAAUGCCAUGUCAGCAGCCAAGACAACAUCCCAGCAAGUUCAUCAGAAUAUGCAGAUGAGAUAGUGUGGCUGAAAACAGCUUACACAUGUACAGUUUGGUUGCAAGGAAGUGCCAUUUGGGAGAGGGGAUUUUUGUAAAUUAAAAAAAUUUGUUUUUCAAUCUGAUGGAUUAUUUCUAAAUUGUGAAUACAUGUAUAUGUUGAGGUUUCUGUAAUUCUCUUACAAUGAUGAUUUUAAUUAUUUUUGUUGUAGCCUGCUGCUUAGCGUGGAAAGUUCUCACUGUUGCCAUUUUACAUUGAGCAUAAUUCUUUUAGGGAAAGGGGUUCAGAGAUUUUUUUAAAAUUUGUUUUUGCAUGUUUAGAUUUGUUUCAGGAAAGUCUGUGUUCUUGGUGCCUUUAGCUGCUGUCUUACUGCUGCGUUAGUCUGGUACAUAGCAGUUCUAGUUUGUUGUUGAAUAUUUUGUCGCAUCAAUAUUGAAGCUUUCAAAAUUUGUUUUAGAGGAUGCAUGUGAGAGGUUUAUUUUGCUAGAGUUUAUGUUGGUUGGAAGAUAAGUGAUAUGCUGUUGUACCACUCAUGACACCUUUAUUUAUAGAACAAAAUAAAGUAGAUUCUUCUCCCUUUAA